AGAAAGAGAGAGGGGGGAGGGGAAGCGAAAUCGAAACUCUGAGAAAUUGUCACUGUUUUUUUUUUCUUUUUCUUUCUAUUCAGAAAGAAAUCAGAAAAGGAGAGCGGUUUUCAGGGGAGUUCGUUCAUUUUAGGCUGUUUUCUGAAAUCGGAGCACUUUGGACUUUGGAGAGGGCAAGUUAUCACGUGUUCCGAGUUGAUGGUUGCAGAGAAAAGGUUUUCGCCAUGAACGGUAAUGGAUACAGCAGGAUGGAGGCAGAGUAUAUAUGGAGGCACCACCGGCACGAGACGAAAGACAAUCAGUGCAGCUCCGCCCUCGUUAAACACAUCAAGGCUCCUGUUCAUCUCGUCUGGUCCUUGGUGAGGAGAUUCGAUCAACCUCAGAAGUAUAAGCCCUUUAUCAGUAGGUGCGUUGUGCAGGGAGACCUUGAGAUUGGGAGUGUCAGAGAAGUGAAUGUUAAAUCAGGGCUUCCGGCCACAACCAGCACUGAAAGGUUGGAACUUCUCGAUGAUGAAGAACAUAUACUCAGCAUUAGGAUUGUUGGUGGGGAUCACAGGCUAAGGAACUACUCAUCAAUCAUUACCCUCCAUCCAGAAGUUAUUGAGGGUAGGCCAGGAACCUUAGUGAUUGAAUCCUUUGUGGUAGAUGUGCCUGAUGGGAACACCAAGGAUGAGACAUGCUAUUUUGUCGAGGCCCUGAUCAAGUGCAAUCUCAAGUCAUUGGCAGAUGUGUCCGAGCGGCUGGCAGUGCAGGACCGGACUGAACCCAUCGAUCGAAUCUGAGUAAUUGGUGAUUGGGGGAGACAUUGGCUGAAGACUCCAAUUCCCGUGGAUGAAGCAUCCAAGGCUUUUGGAUCUUGGAAGCUUUGGAGACAGACCGGUAGUAACUUCUUCCAUCUUCAACAGACUGCCCUCACUUCCUAUUUUCUUUACUUUGUUUGUUAUUUUCCCCUUUUGGUUUCGGAACGAUGAUGGGAUAUCCGGUUCUUCAGUAUGUCAAGAACCAUCAUCUCUUCGAUUGGUUUUUUUAACCUAUCCAUGGAUUGGGAGAAAAACCAGAAAAGCGGACAAGAGAAAAGGGAAAAAAAACGAAACUGUUCUCUGUGAUAUUUCUGCUUUUUGGCUGUUUUAGUCUGUGUUGAUCCGUGGUCAUUACAUAUCACUGGUGAAAAGAGUUGGCGUUUAUCUAGUGGAUUUUCAUGUGUAGCUUCCGCAGCUUAUGGUUGCAAGAGAGAGGAGGAAGGGAGAAGGCAGAUGCUGAGUUUGUCAAAGGAGUCAUUAUUAUUAUUAUUAUUAUUAUUAUUAUAUAAGCAUGUCCUUGCGGUCCAGUUGUGCCAACUUCUAAAAGUUAUCCUUUGUUACUGUACCAAUUGCUUCAAACAUCCACUUGCCUGCUGAUUUAUACGUAAUUUCACUGAUCACUCAUCAUCAUCUAAGCCUUGCUCCCAUCUAUAGAUGGGGCCAGGCUGAUUAUUAUUACUUUUUGGAUCAUA